UGUCCUCAGCUGCUUGUUGUUCGUCGGCGGCGGCACACGUUCGGCGAGCCACCUGCAGUUCACCGGCUUCUCCUGAACAGAUGACAUUACUGAGUCGCCCGCGCAACUAAAGUCCUGCUACGUGUGCGUGCCGAGAGCAGCUGUGUUUAACUGCCGAUUUUGAAUAGUAACCUCAUCAUGCCGAAUAUCAGCUGUAACAUCGAGACAAACCACAAGUCCACCAAUGUGGUCUUCCAGAAGCACCAUGUCAGCCGAGACAAGCGGGGUCAGAUCAUGGGCCAGAAGGGAGGCUUUCGUGGCUGCACCAUCUGGUUUACUGGUCUGUCAGGUGCAGGCAAGACAACAGUGUCCUUCGGUGUGGAGGAGUAUCUCUGUCUUCAUGGGAUUCCUGCCUAUGCACUUGAUGGUGACAACAUAAGGCACGGGCUCAACAAGAACCUGGGCUUUUCUUCUCAGGACAGGGAGGAAAACAUUCGACGAGUGGCUGAGGUUGCCAAGCUUUUUGCUGACAGUGGUGUCGUGUGUCUCACUAGUUUCAUCAGUCCAUACGCAAAGGACCGUACUAUGGCUAGGGAGAUACACGAACAAGCUGGCUUGCUCUUCAUUGAGUGCUUUGUGGACACACCGUUGGAAGUAUGUGAGAAAAGGGAUGUCAAAGGCCUUUACCGGAAAGCUCGGGCAGGACAAAUUAAAGGUUUCACUGGAAUUGAUAUGCCCUAUGAAGCACCUGCCUGCCCAGACCUUCUGAUCAAAGCAGGAAAGGACACCAUCAAGGACUGUGUGCAACAAGUAGUUGAACUUCUUAGAGAAAGGGGUGUCAUCCCAGGCAGUGUGGUUGACUGUGUCAAGGAACUUUUAGUGAGCCCAGAGCGCCUGCCAGCUGUGAUGGAAGAGGCAGCUGCGCUUCCCAGUGUGGAAAUAUCCAAGCUGGACCUACAGUGGGUCCAGGUGUUAUCUGAGGGAUGGGCCACACCCCUCACCGGUUUCAUGCGCGAGGCUGAAUUCCUGCAGAGCCAGCACUUUGGCUGCUACCUUGAAGGUGGUGUAACCAACCAGUCAAUUCCAAUUGUACUGCCUGUGACAACAGAGGAUAAGACUCGCCUUGAAAAUGAGCCUGCAUUUGUACUGAAGCACAACGGCAAGGCGUAUGCUAUCCUACGUCAGCCCGAAUUCUAUCCCCAUCGCAAGGAGGAACGCUGCUCAAGACAGUUUGGAACCAGUUGCCGUGGGCACCCUUACAUAAGUAUGAUUUACGAAAGUGGUGACUGGCUUGUUGGAGGUGACCUUGAGGUUCUAGAGCGAAUUCGCUGGAAUGACGGACUUGAUGAAUACAGGCUCACACCAAAAGAGCUCAGGAAAGCAUUCUCCAAGCUUGGGGCAGAUGCAGUGUUUGCAUUUCAACUGAGGAACCCUGUUCAUAAUGGCCAUGCAUUGCUCAUGCAAGACACAAGGAAACAUUUGACAGAGAAAGGUUACAAGAAGCCAGUUUUGUUGCUUCAUCCACUUGGUGGCUGGACGAAAGACGAUGAUGUACCCCUGGCAGUGCGCAUGAAGCAGCACAGGGCAGUACUGGACAGCGGUGUUCUAGAUCCCAAGCUCACUGUACUGGCCAUCUUUCCUUCCCCCAUGAUGUAUGCUGGACCAACUGAGGUCCAGUGGCACGCCAAGGCAAGAAUGGUGUGUGGCAGCAACUUCUACAUUGUAGGCCGAGACCCAGCAGGAAUGCCCCAUCCAGAGACGAAAGAAGACCUCUAUGACCCAACUCAUGGUGCAAAGGUGUUGACCAUGGCUCCUGGCCUUACACAACUCGAAAUCAUACCAUUCCAAGUUGCUGCCUAUGACACAAAGAAGAAGAAGAUGGCAAUGUUUGAGCCUGAACGGAAAGAGGACUUCUUGUUCAUCUCUGGCACCAAGAUGCGCAGCCUGGCACGCAGUGGUCAGGAGCCUCCUGCAGGGUUCAUGGAGCCGUCUGCCUGGAAAGUUCUUUCUGAUUACUACCGCUCUACAGCGAACUGAUGUACAGCCUUAUAGCUGCAAUGUCUUUCUGCUCCUUUCACAACGUUUCUCCCUCCUGCCUCAUUUUUUUUCAUCCCCUCCCACUUAUGUUGCAAGCUUCAAGGUCUGUUUAGUAGAACAUUGCUCUCACUUUUUUUUUUUUUUCACAGACAUUAAUGUUUAGGAAAGCAUUACACUGCAUGAAAUGAUGCAGUCGCUAUGUAGUGAAGCUUUUGAACCUGACAUGUGUUUUUAUUUUACUGGUGGUGGGAGAAACUUGUUCCUUCAGGGUUGGAGUUAGCUGGUCAUGCGAUUUAUUUGCAAGAGUUUUAUAUGAAGACAGUGUGAUGGGGGAACAAGGAUUGUGCCUCAUAGGAGCUUAACUGCUUUAGUCAGCUAGAAACAAAAGUACCGAACAUGGUUUCCAACAAGCCAUAAAGUAUGAAAUCAUCUUGUUGGCAUCGGUAGACAUAUUUAGACUUUUUACACGUGCAUGCACUUUUACUGUUCCAUUUUUGUUACUGUUGUACUCGGAAAGAAAGUGUUUGCUAAUAUUUUAUAUACAUAUAUAUAUAUAUUUUGCUUGUUUUAUAUUAGCAUAUCCUCAUUUAACCGGCUCCACAUUCUGCAUGGUGCUCAAGUGUGAAUUGUGUGAUCUUGAGAAAGGCUCAGAGAAAAGGGGGUAUCUCCAUCGUACAGUGCAGUGAUUUUCUUUUCUUUUUUUUUUUUUGUAGUCAACUGGGACCAAUAUGCUCAAUGUGACAUGCAACAUGGUAGCAGCAUAUCUAGAGAUUAGGCAGUAGGCUAAGUACUGUGGCUUAUACAUAUAUAAAUGUACAUUUGUUUUUUACAUCUGUCAAUUGUGUCUGGAAUAUUAGGCACACACAGUUUGCUGGCACAUUCAUUGUACACAUAAAUGGUCGUGGCUGCUGUGUCCAAGACUGUAUCAUGAGCAGCCAACUUCGUGGUGCAAUAGUACAUGUUGCACUUUAAGACAACAUAUUGUGAUCCUUGUGCAAUUUCACUAUUGUAAUUGUUAUUGCAGGAAUUUGGUUUGUUUGAAGAUUUUUCAUAUACAUGUUUUAAUAAUGGUUGUUUUAAUAUGCAAGCUACAGCUGCAUCCUGGCUAAUUGAAUGCUGGUCAGAAUGCUUGUUAAUAAAAAUGUUGAAAAGGCA